AUGUAUCAAUCAAAAGCCCCGCUUAUGCUCUCUCUGGCCGUGAAUAUGCCAGCAAUUUUACCGGCAUAUGAAAAAAAAUAUAGAGAAGUGAUAAUAAAAACAAAAUUUAAGAUGGAUCCGAUAAUAACUAAAAUCACAUUAUUUAUGAUUAUCUAUAUAGAAAAGGAUAUACUUUUAAAUGAUCAAUGUUAUUAUACUGAAUUGUGUUCGACUGAAAAUCAAAAUGAAUUCUUUGUUUCCUAUUCAACAUUGAUCAAUAAAGACAAUUAUUAUUGUCAUACUAUUAAUUGUUCGUGUCGUAAAAAAAUUGCCAUCCUUUGUAAACAUGCAAAUAAUGAUUGUAAGAAACAAAAUUAUUUAUUCAUUUAUCGACAAGUUAAAUCAAAUCAACGUAUCUAUUUGACAAUAGAUCAACAAAAUUCAUCGGUAGUUUUAUUAGAAGAUAAUGAAUUAGAUAUAAAUGCUGAUAUAUUACGUAUGUGUUAUGAGAAAUAUUUACCCACUAUAUUAGCUCAGCAUUCACAAAACAAAUUAGUCGAAUCUUCACGUUAUUCUGAACCAUCGUUCAAUAUUAAAGAUACGCAAGAGACAUUGUUUGACAAAUAUUCAAAAAAAUUAAUUAAUUUUCUGUUAAGACAAAGUUUAUUUACAAAAGCAUUAGUCGCCAUGUAUGACACAAUUCAACAAGCUCGAAAUGAUCAGUUCUGUUUAAGACGACGUACAAAAGUCGGUUAUUUAUUAAUGAAUAUAUUUGUUGGUCUUCUAUGCUCCGUUUUUCUACUUCGAACCAAUAGUACUCAAAAUCUCUCGCAUGAUAUGCUGUAUUAUUCUCAAGAAUUAACAACACGACUUAAAACUAUUUUACAUUGGUUAAUGCAUGCACCAGCUGGUCUAAAAUUGAAUCAACCACUCGUUGAUUUUUUGGUACGAUUUUAUUUUUAUCAUAUUUAUUUGUGGUCACAUUAUUUAGAGGCCCUCGUUUUAGUUUUGCCAUAUUUAUUGAAUAUAUUUAUAUUUGUGUGUAUGUUCGGUGUCACAUUGGCAAUUGGAAUUAUUUGUGAUUUUAUUCGUUUGUCAACAAUUCACUUGUACUGUUUUUAUAUUUAUUCUGCAAGACUUUUCAAUUGGCAAAUUCGUUUAUUAAUUAUUUUAUUUCGAUUACUAUGUGGUAAAAAGAUAAAUCCAUUGAGAAAUAAUCGUUUAGAUUCUCAUUUAUGUGAUAUUGAUCAAUUAUUUAUUGUCACAUUGACUUUUACAAUCUUACUCUUUUUAUUACCUAGUGUAUUUAUGUAUUUUAUUGUAUUUACAUCGGUAUGGUCAAUAACUGUUUUCAUAAUUAAACUGACUCAAUGGAUUGAUCAAUUAUUAUUAAAUAUUCCGGUCUAUGAAAUAUAUCUUUAUUUGACUGAAUCUCAGAUAAUACGAGGUAUGAUAAAUAAAUUUUUAAUAAAACGUCAUAACAAUGAUAUGAUUAGACUGUUCAAUCGUUAUGAUAUUGGUCGUCAAUUGGGUAAAGGAACAUAUGGUAUUGUAAGAAAAGCGUACGAUUGUGUUGAACAACAUUCUGUAGCAAUUAAAUGUAUUAGUUUGAAUAAUGAAGGUAUACCAAGUACAGCAUUGCGUGAAAUAAGUCUAUUACGUGAAUUAAAACACGUAAAUCUUAUUGAAUUAUAUAAUAUUGAAAUUAAAAAAGAAACACAACAAUUAUACAUGAUUUAUGAAUAUAUGGAAAUGGAUUUAUAUGAAUACAUGAAAAAGUAUUGUCAACAAUUACCAGAAAAUGUAUCAAAAAGUUAUCUAAAACAAUUGUUAAAUGGUAUUAAUUAUUGUCAUAAUAAUAGAAUAUUACAUCGAGAUUUAAAACCACAAAAUAUUUUAAUUAAUUGGAAUGGAUAUUUAAAAUUGGCUGAUUUUGGUUUAGGAAGACAAUUUCAAUUGCCAAUGAGAAUGUAUACACAUGAAGUAAUUACACUUUGGUAUCGACCGCCAGAAAUUCUAUUAAAUGCACAAAAAUAUUCAACAAGUGUUGAUUUAUGGUCAAUUGGAUGUAUUUAUGUUGAAAUAACACAUAAUCGACCUCUAUUUCCUGGUGAUUGUGAAAUUGAUCAAUUAUUUCGAAUAUUUCGUACACUUGGAACACCUGAUGAUAAUAUAUGGCCAGAUUUUUCUAAAUUACCUGAUCAUAAAAAUGUCUUUCCAAGAUGGACACCACAAAAUAUGAAAUGUAUAUUGACAGAAAUGGAUGAUGAUGCACACGAUUUAAUAAUGCAAAUGUUAAUCUAUGAUCCAGAAAAACGUAUACCAGCACAUAAGGCUUUAGAACAUAUUUAUUUACAAAAUACACAAUUAGUUGUACCUCCAAAACUAGAAGAGUAUGAGAUAAUUGAUAAUGAUACAAAAACAGAAUCUAUAGACGAUUUUUUUUGA